AUAUGAGCAAAGAAAUGGCUGAAAAACUCUUCAGUGACUUCUGUGGGCUUCGAUAUAACAGAUCAACAGUCUCUCCAAGAGUAACUGGAGGAGUUGAAAUCUCGGGGUCUGGAGAGUGGCCAUGGCAGGCCAGUCUCAUGCGGAAUAACAUCCAUCGUUGUGGUGCAACGCUGAUCAGUAACACGUGGCUUGUGUCUGCAGCUCAUUGCUUCAAAGAUUCCAGUAACCCACGCUUAUGGACUGUUAGCUUUGGAACCUAUCUGACACCUUCACUACUUGUACGGCCUGUCAAGACCAUUAUAGUUCAUGAAAAGUACCGUUAUCCAGCCCAUGAAUAUGACAUUGCUGUCCUGCAGCUGGCUAAACGUGUGGAAUUCACAAAUGCCGUUCAUCGGGUUUGCCUUCCAGAUGCAAGUGAGAGGAUUCCAUAUAAUAUAGAUGCUGUUAUUACAGGAUGGGGAGCAAUGAGUGAUGAUGGUGAAACUCCUAAUGUUCUUCAAGAAGCAACAGUAAAGCUCAUAGACUCCACCACUUGUAAUAGAAAAGAAGUGUACAAUGGGGCCAUAACGCCUGGGAUGAUAUGUGCUGGGUACCUGGAAGGAGGAGUAGAUUCCUGUCAGGGCGACUCUGGUGGCCCACUGGUGACACCUGACACAAGAAACAUGUGGUAUCUUGUCGGCAUAGUGAGCUGGGGAGACGAGUGUGCUAAGCCAAAUAAGCCUGGAGUCUACACACGAGUGACUUACUUUCGGGACUGGAUUACCAAAUAUACUGGGCUCUGAUGCAAAAUUUGUACGUUUUGCACAUCAUAGGCAGUAUGCAGGUCAUACUUGUUUGUAACUUGUGCAAAUGUCCUUUACGUGAGAUUAUCUGCCUUCUUUCCAGAGUUGUUGGCAUUGCUCUGGUACGUUAAGAAGUAAUGGAGGCAGACUGUUAAACAGUAUUUAUUUACAGUAUUCACACAGGCUUCCCUCACAAAAUAAGAGUAACCUUCCCUUGCAUAGCUUGAAUGAUUCCCCCCCACUUUCCUCUGUUUUCUAUUCCCCUCUCCCUCUCCCUGUCAUGGAAGCUGCAUAUUAGCAGGAAAUAUUGUGAGUUCAGAACAUUGAAUGAUUUACUCAUUGCCACCAAACAGCUACAAUGGCAGUCAGGGCUGGCACCAGAAGUGAACACAAAAUGGCGCUCCCCACUAGGGAAGAAGGGGUGAGUGAAGAUCUGCAUCAGAAACAAGUUUACCCAAUGGUUGAAGUGAGAAUCCAAGGCCGUUUCAGGGUGGGGAGGGAGGGGAAGGUGCCCGCUCUGACUAAUGCCAGGCAGGUGCAGAGCCCAGGAGACUCCAGAGGUCACUCCUGCCAUUUCCUCGCUAGGGGUAGGAGGAGACCAGCAGCAGCUCCUGUUUGAAAAUAGGCCGCAUAGGG